AGUUCCAUUCAUAUUUUGUAAACAAUUUCAGGAGCUAUUAAAUCGUUGACUGACAUUUUUUGUUUUACUUUAAUGAAACAUAAAAAAAAUUACAUAUUCAAUGGGUUAGAAAGAAACAUUGCCUGCAGUAAGCGAGUUAUUGAACAUUGAGCGUAGACGGUUAAUAAUUACCUGAGUAGCCAAACGUGCAACAGUUAAAAAAUAUGACAAUGUUUUUCAAAGCCGAAGCAGAAAUAAUAUUUUAUAGACACCAUUAGAAAACUAAAAUGUUGCACUGUAGCGAGUUCGAAUAUGAAAAUGAAAACUUUGCAAACACUACAGCUUUCGAUGUUGAUAUUGAAUUGCUCGACGAUAAGGGUACUGCUGAAUCUGUCGAAAAACCUACUAUUAUUAGAAGAAGUAAGGGCCGCCCACCCAAACGUUACGAUUUCCAAUUCAAAUGCGAACAAUGUGACUUUGUUAGCGCCUAUGCAAAGUAUUUUCGUACUCAUAUGUCUCAAACACAUAAAGAUGAAUCAAUGCGUAUAUUCAAAUGUACACAAUGCCCUGAAGCAUAUGUGGAGGAGCGUUUUCUACAAGAGCAUGUGAAAUAUUUACACGAUUGUGUGCCACGUCAACCGAAGUUCAUCUGCGCCAAGUGUGGUAAAGGAUUUCCAAAACAAUCACAUCUCACGCGACAUUCCUAUGUUCAUGAUCCAGCGAAGAAACCUUUUCUAUGCGAUCGCUGUCCUAAGCGGUUCACAAGCCAGUCCACGUUAGAUCGUCACAUUGAAGCGAAACAUAUUGAGCAGAAAGCGCAUACUUGUGCAGAUUGCGGAAAGGCUUUUGGUCAUAUUUACGGCCUAAAAGCACACAGAAUGCGUUUGCACAAAAUGAAGGUUGAAUAGUUGCAUUUUACUUUAUUUAUUUUCAAAUCAAUUCAUAUUUGCUGUUUCAAAUAUAUAAAAGACUUAAGACAGAAACUUGCACAAAGUUUUGUGCUUAAUUUAAAAAGUUUAUAUUUUUCAUAGUAUUAAAAAGUGUGCAUAAAUACAUAUGUAUUUAUUUUAAAAAAGUUAUUUAUUUACUAUUUAAAAUCAACAAAAGCAAUGAAAAACUGUUCAUGAAACAUUGAAAAUCUAACAGCUUUAAUUAAUUUAAUAGUUAAAAACUUGAGG